AUGGCCAACAUUACUCUUCCUUCCGAACCGAUGUCCUACCCUGAUCUUGUCAAUGUCGCCAACCAAGAUCCCACUCUCUCCUGGCCGGAGCAGCUGUGGUGGGCGCACUACGCCUUCUGGAACAACGAUGUCUUCGCAACUGGAAUAAUCACCUUCCUUGCCCAUGAGCUUAUUUACUUCGGCCGUUGCCUGCCAUGGGUCAUCGCCGACGCCCUGCCCAACAUCUUCCGUCGCUUCAAGAUACAAGACCACAAGGCACCGCCGUCAGUUAACGACCAAUGGAGCUGCUUCAAGUACAUCAUAGCAAUUCAUUUUAUUGUCGAGCUGCCGUUAAUAGUCCUCUUCCACCCGAUGAUGGAACUCUGCCGUGUCCAUUACGCACUUCCCUUCCCCAAGCUCUCGGUAAUCGCUGCGCAAAUCGCGCUCUUUUUCAUCGUUGAAGACACAUACCAUUACUGGCUGCAUCGAGCCAUGCACUGGGGCCCACUUUAUCGUUCCAUCCACCGCGUCCACCACCAGUAUGCCGCGCCAUUCGGCUUGACUGCCGAGUAUGCUAGCCCUGCGGAGACGUUCUUCCUGGGUCUCGGCACGAUCUGCCCCCCGCUUCUUCUGGGUUAUGUAACGGACAAUGUGCAUCUGAUAACGGUGUUGGCCUGGAUGGCCCUGCGUCAGUUGCAGGCUAUCGAUGCGCAUUCGGGGUACGAUUUCCCGUGGAGCUUGCGACGCCUAAUUCCGCUCUGGGGUGGCGCGGAUUGGCAUGAUGACCACCAUAGAUACUUCCGGGGGAAUUAUUCGAGCUCUUUCACGUAUUGGGAUGUGUUGAUGGGGACUGUGGCUGGACCGAGGGGAAAGGCAAUGGGACAUAGCAAGCGGUACUGAAGGAGGGGAUAAUGGACCUGUAAAAGGCGUACUUAUUUGGCCGCUUGUGUUUGGUAAUGGUUGUUCACUAUAUGUACGGAGUAAUAUUAAUAUCGAUAAUAUCACGACCAAGACUGGAGAAAAAGUACCCGCCGCCCGAAGGUGAUGAGUCGUGGGAUUGUGGUGACAACUCAGCGAGGUUCAUUAUUAGCUUCAAGGCUGCCAUUCGACGAGAUGUACC